AUGGAAAAUUUCAAACUAGCAUGUGUUGUUACGAUGUGCAUGGCUUUAAUGUAUGCACAAAAUGGUGGGGCAGUUUCAUGUGUACAAGUUUCCAAUAGUCUUGCACCUUGUCUACUUUAUCUUCAAAAUGGUGGUGUUGUUUCACCAAGCUGUUGUUAUGGCGUUAAAGGAUUAGUUAACGCGGCUAAAACUAUUGUUGACCGCCGUGUUACUUGUGAUUGUUUGAAAUCGGCCGCGACUUCUAUCAAAGGAAUUAAUGUGGACUAUGCUGCUGCACUUCCUGAAAAAUGUGGGACUAAUAUCCCUUACAAGAUCAGUCCUUCUAUCAACUGCGCUAGGUAUACAUGCAUUAUCUAA